GGGUGUCACAGACUAAACUGUCCGGCCAAAGUUGACAGCAAUGGAGGACAGACCGAGCAGAGGCAGGGGAGGCAGCUGGAGAAGAGGCGGCAGGGGAGGAAGCGACAGCGACAGUCAUGGCGGUGAACACCGAGGCAGAGGGAGAGGAGGUCACCAGCGAGGCAGGGGGAAAAGAGACCACUACCGGGGUCGUGGACGCGGGGGAAGCGGCCGUGCAGCGGACUUCCAUCACCGGGAUAAAGAUGAGGGGGGUGACUUUCAGGAGGAAGCGGAGAAGAUGGAGGUUUUCUCCAGGAGAAAACUGGAGUCCAACUGGGACCGAUAUGCUGAGUCAGAGAGGCGGGAGCCCGAAGACGACACGCCCACUCAGAGAGGAACUGACUACCACGUCCUGCUUGAGUCAGCAGGGGAUUCAUUCACUCAAUUCCGCUUUUCUGAGGAAAAGGACUGGGAGAUGGACUCAUUUGCAGCCAACAAGAUGUCUGGAGUGUUUGUGGACCUCCCAGCACUCGCUCUGAGUCUCCAACAGCUGCCUCUCCAUCAGAGACUUAACCUGGAGGCCGAGCUGCUUCAGGUCUCGACACCAGUAGAACUACCCGCUGUGACCAUCACGCCGAAACAGGAGACGCCCAAAGCGGCCACAGUCCCUCCUUCAUCUGCAGCUUUCAAAGUCCUCAGCACCAACCAGAAAGUGACUGCCGCGACAAACCCAGCGUCAGGUCCAGGCUCCAAGGUUUCCUCUGAUGCUGCGGAGCCUCUGCAGGUGGACGAUGCUGAUGAAGAGCUGGACCAGCUGCUCAGUUUACAGAAACCAGUCGAGGUCGUUCCAGAAAAGCAGACCGUGUGUGUGGAGGACGAGGAGAGAGCGGCUCCGGAGAAAGCGUGUGAGGAAGUGAAGGAGGUGGUGGAAGAGAAGAUGGAGGAGGUGAAAAACAAAGAUGUGACACCUCCUCAGUCUUCUUCCGUCAGGCAGGAGGUGACGGAGGAGGACCUGGAGGACUGGCUCGACAGUAUGAUCUCCUGACCACCACACACUGAGGAGGUGUGUUAAAGCAAACUGGACUUCUCUACAUCAACUUUCAGACUGAAGAUUUAAAGUUUACAAGCGGGACGGACCUUCACAAAGGACUUGAAGGGUUUUUUUUUUUUUUUUUUUGUCACUUUGCUUAAGAUGAAGUUGUGGUCAGGUAAUUUGUUUGUCUCGUUUUCUUUCCGCUGUUAGCGAUGGGACAGUACGUCCCGAACGUUUGUGAGAUGGUGUCAUAAUGUUCCCUCUACGUGUCGCGGAGGAUUAUUCUCUGCUCCUUGUGAGGCUGUGAAAAGUUACACACCACAGGAGUGUCUCCAUCAGAGAUGUCACACACACACACACCGAAGGGACGGACAACACGUCAGGUUUAUUGCGUCAAUUCCUUUAUUCACUUCCUCCCCCCCCAAUCGAAAGAAAUGCAGGUGUUUACCAAAAGCUACUACAUACAUACAAAUGGCCAUACAAUAGCAGGUAACCAUUUUGUCACCAAUAAAUCUUUGAACCAA